AAAAAAAUAAAUUAAAACAUCUACAAAAAACUACUGCAACAACGAUCGAUGCAAUAAACAUACACACCCAUCCUGCCAAACAUAAACCAAAAAAAAAUAAAUUGACAUAGAACAAUCGAUUAUGAUAAGAUUAUCCCCAACCACGCAUGAAAAUACUCAACACCUAAGUCGGUGUGGGUGUGGACAUGAGGUCGAAUACAAAGUGUGCGUGUACGGUUGGGUCCAAAAAUCAAAAUUUGCAACUGUUUUUUGUUUUGUUUUAUUGUUGAGAAAUGCUAAUAAAAAAUUGUUAAGGGUGUUGGGGUUGGGCGAUUUGACUUUGUUGGGAUUUUCACCUCUAGAAAAAACACUAAAAAAACUCACUGUUCAACUUUUUUGUGGUGUGGAUUAUGUAACUGUUUUUAUGAGAUCCGGGAAUCACAUGAUGUGUCAUGUGACUUGUUGCCUGGCAGUUCAUUUCCGGUUGUUCUGUAGCGGCUAUAACCCCGAAUACUUACUGAAUAUACUGACUGAAUAUACUGACUGAAUAUACUGACGGUAGUUUGAAAUAAGCAAUCUGUGUCGAGUAGACUAAGCAGCAUCUUAUUUGGUUAUACCGAGCUGAGGGCAUUGGUGGUAAUGACUGGGUAAUCACAAUCUUAUGGAACCUAGUAUGUUAUGAGAAAAUAUGAUGAAUUGCUGCUAAAUUACGUUAAGUAUGUUAUGGGGAGAG